UAAAAAUGGAAAAGGUAGAUCUCCCAACAGAUCAAGCAGAAGAGGAUGAUUUCAACAUACCAACAUCAGCAGGUGUCCUUGCCAAGCCUCCAGGUGCUGAGUCUGAUGAGGAAGAUUCCCCUGAAGAGCAGACCAAAUACAAAUCCUCUGAGAUUUUAAUAAAAUAUGAAGACUAUCCAGCAGUAAAGGGAACUCUUGAGAUCACCACAAAGAAAAUUUCAUGGAAAAACGAAGGUUCUGAAUUUGGGCCAGCUUUCCCUUAUCUAGACUUUGUUCUUCAUGCUGUCUCAAGAGAAGAAACUCCUUCAAUUCUCACUCAGCUUAAGAUUGACCUUCACCCAAGCCUGUAUUUCUCAAUCUAUGGAAAGGAGGAAGAAAAAGAAGAAUCAAGUGAGGAUGAGUACGAAUAUCCAGAUCCAGAAGAGAAUUGAAUAGCUCUCUACUUCAUCCCUGAUGAUGAAAAGGAACUAGAUGCAAUCUUUGAUACAUUUUCAGAAUGAUCUGCUCUGAACCCAGAUCCUGCAGAAGACACUAAAGAAGACGACCAACUAUAUUCUGAACAUGAUUUCUUCGAUAUCACAAAUAUUGACAAACUUAACCUUAAUGAAGAAAAUCAGGAUCAGCCUGAAACCGCCCAAGAAGUAAUGAAUAAAUCACCUAAAGAAGACCAUAAAGAAGAGAAAGAUGACUAAGCAUGUCUAAAUUCAGAUAUAAUAAUUCCAAUAAUAAUU